AUGAAAGAUCACGGAAGUCCUGACGAUGAUAUUAUGGAAGCCAUGUCAUCGCUUUGCUUGGCAUAUGAUAACAUGUGUCAUGUUGACAGCCUCCUCAUCUCAAAGGAUGACUUGCCAUUGCCAGCACCAUUCAACAAAGCAUGGAAAGUAAUUUCAAAGGUAAUUGACUGUCUACACCUUAGAAAUCACGUGGACCCCAAGUGCAAGAAGCUUUAUAACCCAGAUGAUAAAGUACCACCUGCUUUUAACACUAUGGCAUGCGAACAAACGUUCAUUUGGGCAAGCAGAUUUAAGAAAAUAAUAUGUGCAAUGCCUCAUGUGCAUCAAUUCUUUUUUUUACAUCGACUUGUUAAGUACCGCAAUAAGUACACGGAGAAAUGUCAUCACCACUGCAAGGUCCCAGUUCUUCCCAAGGUUGGGAAGAGUUCAACAAUUCAAAGGUAG